GGCGGGCUUGCAGCGAGCCGCGGGCCCGGAGGCCUGUAAGCCAGUCGCUCGUUUGCCCUUGCUCUUUUGGGAACGUCCGGGCUUCGCUGCUCUUCCGAGAAUCAUUCCUGAGUGGGGCCUAGGAGCUGAAGAACGGUCCACGAUGAGCUGUAAGGCAGGGAGUGUGCUGGAGAUGAUAAAGCUUUCAAGCAAGUCUCUCGGGUUUGACAGAAUUUUGGAAAAGGUGACUGUUGCUUCUGCUGCCCCUGGGAAAGUGAUUUGUGAAAUGAAAGUAGAAGAGCAGCAUACCAAUAAAAAUGGCACUCUCCAUGGCGGCAUGACAGCCACUUUAGUGGAUGUCAUAUCAACAUGUGCUCUGCUGUGCACAGAAGGGGGAGUACCUGGAGUCAGUGUGGACAUGAACAUAACGUACAUGUCACCUGCUAAUAUUGGAGAUGACAUAGUGAUUACAGCACAUGUUCUGAAGCAAGGAAAAACACUUGCGUUUGCUUCUGUGGAUCUGAUGAACAAGGCCACGGGAAAAUUAGUAGCACAAGGCAGACACACAAAACACCUGGGAAACAGGCCAGCAGUAGAGAAAUCCAACAAAUUAUGUCCAGAGUAAAUAUGAUUUGAAACAGAUAUAAUUUUCAAAAUAAAUUCUCACAACCAGAAGAAAUAAUGAAGAAAUAUUUUCUUUGGGGAAAAUGCCAUAGAGAUCAAGUGGAAUAUAGGAUAGGGUUGUCUAUAUUCUUUCAUUUUAAGCCUCUUUUAGUUUGUAAUCAUAUAUGAUACUUGGAUGAAAACCUUCUUAGCUCAAAGUGUUUUGAAAAACCGGUAAAGCAGAGCUAGCAGGGCCAUUUUGAGGUAAGAUUACCUUAAAACUAAAAUCCAGUAUGAAGCUAAAGGAGAAAUAUAAAUUAACAGUUAAUCUUUAAUGAACUGUCGGUCCUUCUCAGCUCUAAAAUGCUACAUUUAACACAAUUUCAAGAUUAUGGAACUUCAAAAUAGAUGAGCCAUAGGCCACAUAGGAAAAUAAGAUUGCCUAGUCCUCAACAAAGUUUAAGACAAAGCACAUUAGUGAUAAAGGAAACAGUCCAGUGGGUGUGCUGCGUUUCUGAGAAUUUAGUAAAGGAUUGGCAUAUUUUAUAGUGGUGGAGGGGAGCAUACUGUUAGCCCCUUUUCUAGUACCUAGCGUAAAACCACGCAGAUCUUGAGUCUCCCAAUCUACAUUAUUGGAAAGACCAAGUUCACAAAUUGUUUAGUCCAUUUCUCAAAGUUCUACUGACUAUGGCAUUCAUAAUAGUUUCUGCAUCAGGGGAUCUUAGUUAACACUUCAUGACUGAAGAUCAUAAAGGAAGCAACUUCCUUUGCAAGUUGUAAACACAGUCUACAAUUAAAGGUUGAUUAUCCUUUGGUUGUAUUAGAAUGCAUGCUGAUCUGUCUGCUGAAAGGACAGAAGCAGACUUGAUAGUAGCAGUGAGCACAGAGAAAACCCAAAUCUAACAUUUCUCACGGAAAGUAACUUGGGCUUCUUGGAGAAAUAACUGAUUUCAGAGCUGGGGCCUGGGAUAGGGAAAUUACAAGAUGAACAUAUCUUGUGCUUGAAAGUAAACAAGUGCUCAAGAAAACGACGAGAGGCAUGAAAAUUAUACUGCAUUGAAAAGAAAGGAAUUGACUCCAUAUUGUUUAGGUAAUAACAUUGAAUAAAUGGCAGGCAGGAGAGCUCUUCCUUGUAACAGAAUGCUGGUGAAUCUGGAGGGGUAGAUAUAAAAUAGUAACUAUAAAAUGGGGAAACAGAACAUCACCUUGACCAAUCAAAAUGAACAUCAACAAAGAGCACAUUGACAGUGUGUUCCUGGAUGUUAACUUUAGGGCACGUACCUUACGUUGGACAUUGGCUAGGAUACAUAAUCCAAAUCUAGGGCUUCCUAGGUGGCACAGUGGUUAAGAAUCCGUCUGCCAAUGCAGGGGACACAGGUUCGAUCCCUGCUCCAGGAAGAUCCCACAUGCCACGGAGCAACUAAGCCCAUGUGCCCAAAAAACAUAAUCCAAAUCUAUCCCUGAAGGAAUAUUACUCAAAUGCAAAAUAAGGACACUGUGUUUUAAAAAAUUGGCCUGUACUCCUUAAAACUGUCGGGGUCAUUAAACAGCCUGGAGAAAUGUUCGAAUUUAAAGGAGACUAGAGACAUGACAACUGAAUGCAAUGACCCUGUACUGACUACAGGAGGAAAAAAACCCCACAAAGAUGGUGGAGGUGGGAUGAAUUGGGAGAUUGAGAUUGACAUAUAUACAUUAUUGAUACUAUGUAUAAAAUAGAAAACUAAUAAACUACUGUAUAGCACAGGGAAUUCUACUCAAUGCUCUGUGGUGACCUAAAUGGGGAGGAAAACCAAAAAGGGGAUAUAUGUAUACAUACAGCUGAUUCACUUUGCUGUACAGUAUAAACUAACAUUAUAAAGCAACUAUACUCCAAUAAAAAAAAUGAAAAAAAAAAUAGGACAAACAACAUAACUGGAAUAUGGAUGGUAAAUAAAAGUAUA